AUGGCGACACAGAAUGGAGUCACGGCAGCGGCGGGGACGACGACGGUUGCGGUGCUGCCAACAACGGGUGAUGGACCGACGGAACCGCAGCGGAUCAAAUCGAAGUUCAAUCCGAGCGCAAAGCCGUUCGUGAUGCAGAGGUCAUCGAAGCAACCUGUGAAACCAUCGGCGGCACCUUCGACAAAAAUACCAAACCGUAGCGGUGAUGAUGGUGGUGGUGGCCUGCGCGCUGGCCAGCAGGAACAGGAAGAGGACGAGAUCGCCUACAUCGGACCAACCCGAUUACCGGUAUCGACACGCGUCUGGAACGCCAUCUCGUCCUACUCGCUGGAGGAGAUCGGUACGACCUGCUGUCCGUCAACCGGUACCGUUAGACCAUCGGCAGGGCUAGCGAUGGUCAGAAAGCAGACAGCGCCACCACCACGGCCGCCCCUACAACCUACUAUGGUGUACCAGCUGCGUCCGUUGUGCCAGGUUACGACGCCACAGGAGGUGAUUCCAUCGCAUCCUUUCGGGCCAACCGUACUAUCGAGCGGCAUCAUUCAGCUGCAACUGCGCGACUCGGUUGUAGUGGAUCUAACGCUUGAGGGUUCAAUCCGUGUCUUCAAUGGCCGGCAGAACAUUGCGAUUGCCAUCUCGAGUAACGGGAUCGCGGCCGCUAUGAACCACCCGAAUGGCAUCAUCUUCCAGCAUGGACCGCGUGUCGACAUCAUGGCGUACGAUGCGAAGCGACAGAACUCCUACAUACGAUUCGCAAAGAUGUGGAGCAAGGGUAUCAGUCUGACGAGCGAGGGUUGCGCCUUGAUCUAUCUGGUCGAUUCGGCCGGUACGCGCACCACGUCCGAUAUGCUAAACAUGGACCUGAACGCGGACUACGUCCAGCAGGUGUUCUACAAUGGCAUCGUCUGCGGUACGCAACAGCUAGCGGCUCUAAGCCAGGUCGUCCAGAGUUCGAGCUUCCAGCUCGGUGACGACAGUUCCAUUCAGUACCACGUGAACGGUUUUCGCAUCAGUCAGAGUGGCGAUGGGCUGGUAAAGAUCUAUCGCUCCAACAACCGCUGCACGAUCCGGACGAGCCCACUGAACGGGUGUGCCACGGUAACGACACCUCUCCUGCACUGUACCGCUUCGCUCGGUGCCACCUCACAUCUGUUCGUACGUCGCGAGGAACGUCGAAUGCACUUCGAUGGUGCCACCUUCAUCGUCCGCAAUGCUGGCCAUUCGGCCGGUUUCGACGAGCACAAUCAAUUGCGCGUCUACUGA